AUGGCUGAGCUGGCUAUCACCAAGUUGGAUCCGGAUUCACAGCUUCUUUUGGACCAACCGCUCCUGCGAUUACCAUACGAGCUUCUUCGAAAGAACCUCAAAUCGGCACAGCGGCACAUCGAGCAGGCACAUAAAAACAUCCAGAAAGAUCUCCAGACCGCUGCGGCUCAGAGCCCAUCUCUCUCCCUCGCGACUAUCGAUGCGACCUUGACGAAAGCACAAACCCUCAAACGUAAGCUUGAACAGCUACACAUUGAAGAGCAGAAUCUCCACCGCCAGCAAAGGGUGCGCAUUCAACACCUUCAACAACUUCACGAAGUGCACAGUCUCGCCGAUGUCAAGUACGAUGAGUGGUCACAUACACGCCUCGACCGUCUGUUGGUCGAUUACAUCUUGCGUCAAGGGUCGACUCAGAGCGCGAAAGAGCUUGCAGUAGAGAAAGGCAUACAAGAUCUCGUGGAUGUGGAUGUGUUCGAGGAGUGUGGGAGGAUUGAGAAAGGCCUACGUGCGGGCAAGAUGCAGGAUUGUCUUGCCUGGUGUAAUGAUAACAAACAGUCCUUGAAAAAGAUCAAUAGUACUCUCGAGCUGGAGCUACGCCUGCAGCAAUUUAUCGAGAUGGCGAGAAACGAUGAGGCGAAGACUGGUAUCGAGGCAAUAUACCAUGCCCGUAAGUACUUGUCCUUGGGACAAGAAUCGGGCUUUGGUCUCAAGGCGGGCGGCCUUCUCGCGCAUCCUUCAGAUACAGAGGUGGAACCAUUCCGGACAAUGUACAACCUGGCCAGAUACGACCAACUAGCCGAACUCUUCGUCAAGACUCACCACGAACUUUUCUCCCUCCCACUUCAGCCUCUCCUCCACACCGCACUGUCCGCCGGGCUCUCAGCGCUGAAGACUCCCAGCUGCCACUCCGAAUUCGCCCUCCACGCCAACGCCAACACCGGCGCGCCCGUCUGUCCAAUCUGCAGCACCGAGCUCAACGAGCUAGCGCGCAAUGUUCCAUACGCGCAUCAAUCGAAGAGUCACAUCGAGGACGAUCCUGUGGUUUUGCCAAAUGGACGUGUCUUUGGCCGGGAACGAUUAAAAACAUUGAAUGAAAAGCUGGGCACGCCCGCAGGCAAGAUAAGAGAUCCGACGGACCCGGAAGGAGUGGAGUGGGACGAGCGGGUGAUGAAGAAAGUCUUCAUCUCAUGA